AUGAACUGGUAUUCAACAAUUUGGUAUUGGUGGAGCUGGUACUCGCUUUUCCCCUUCGUAUUCAUAACUCUUUAUCGUCUCAGAAAUCAAGAAAGUUCUUUCGGCUUGAAGGAAAAAGCAUUGAAGACUUUUACGUUAGACAAAAUAUUCAGAUUUCUAUUGAUUCCAAUGAUAGCGUAUUAUAUUCUAGACUCAAUCUACAUUAUAAUGCAGUAUUACCGUAUGGAUGGGUGCAACUUGUCAUUCUUAUCACACCAUUUGGUCACUUUAUCUGGAGUUCCAGCAUGCUAUAAACUCCCUUAUUAUCCUUGGUUCCUUAUGGCGCCCAUCACAUGGCAUGCUUUACUAAUCGCUUGGCCUUAUGAGACGUGGCUUAAUUACCCUUAUUUAGCAAUUAUUAGCUUGAUGGCUUAUGGACUGAUGCAAAAGCCCUGGAAAGACCUGCCUGCUUACCAAUCUGUAUUUAAGGUCGGAUAUUGGCUGGUUCCAACAUUAGUAGGGCUUUGGUUUUGGGACUGUAAAAAUGACUUAGCUAAUGUCCUUUAA